CUGGAGCUCUUUAUUCGGGAGAUGAGGAAGCCUCUGCUGGACUGCGACCCGGUGCCGAUUCGCCCCUUGUGGGACCUGAUGUCUGAGGACGAGGUGGAAGGGGAAAGCCUGGACGUGUGUCUCCAGCACCUCUACAAAUACAACUGCCCCUGCUCGCUGGCCGCCGCCCUGGCCAGGACCACGGCGGACAGCAUCCUGCGGACUGACCUCACCAUCCACCACCUCGUCAAGUCAUCAGAAGUUGGAGCUGACCCACUACCACGUGAGUCCCCGGGGAGCCCAUGA